AUGGAUGAAAUAACGGCACAAAAGAAAACACAAGAACUUUACUCCUCUGUAAACAACUUACUUAAUGAACAAAAUAUAGAAAUUAAGAAACUUUCCGAGAAGCUAAAUGUUAAAGAGGAUGUUAUCAGAAAUAUCAUGAAAGAAGAACGUCCAGUAGCAACUAAAAGAAAACCGUCCACAGCAUUUGAUAUUUACUGUGUGCAAAGAAGAAUGGAUGGCGCAGAUGUGAAUGAAGACAUUGAAGCCUGGAUAAACCUUUCAAAAUGCGAUAAAUCAACAUAUAGUCAGAUAGCGAAUGAUUAUAAUAAUGAACAAAUGUAUGAGACUGUACAAUAUAUUGAUGAUAAGAAAGAACGAGAACGUACUUUAAAACAAAACAUCCAAGAAUUAAAAAAUCUGUGUAAAGCAAUUAGUCAAGAGUGUGGGUGUCAUCUUCUUGUUGUUGGUGUUCAAUCUAAUAUUGAGAAUUCAACUGCAUUUGGAACGGGAAAUCUCAGAGAUUUCUGUUCUGAUAAAGAAACAACAAUAAAUCAGUUUAAAAUUGACCUUGUUGAUUAUGUUUCGAAUUGUCCUAAUAAUCAAGAACAAAUUAGUGAUGGUGAUAACAAUAAUGAUGAUGAUAGUGUAACUCAUGAACAGAAAUUAUCAGAAAAAUCCGAAGAAUAUAGUCCAAAUUCUUUUGAUUUUACUUUAACGAGCAAUGAAACAACUCCUGAUGAAUACAAUUCUAAUGGGUUCAAUCAUAAAAAGAGAGGUGUAAUGGAUAAUGAUGAGGAUUUUAACAUUCUCAUAACGAAAAAUGGUCGUGAUGUUAAUUUGGAAUCGGUGAAUGUAAGAUCAGAAGUGUAUAGAUUCCUUGAAAAUAAAUUUCAACAAGAUACGAAAAUAAAAAUGAGUAUCCCUUAUGGUGAUUGGAAUAAACAAGAAAGUUUCGUUGUGUCUGGUUGGCCAAGAAAUAUUGAAUUUAAAGAGUGGGAUGUUUUGAGUAUGAACGAAAAGAAGAAAGUAUUUAUGUCAUUGAGUAGAUUACAAUUUCAUGUUCGACUUGAUUCUAGCUUAUCAAAGGAAAGGCGAGCUUCUAAGAAAAAGAGAUUUGUGUAG